AUGAGGCUUCAAUUGUUGUUCGCUCACCCCAGUUCGUCGGUGCAGUGUGGGAGUACGGGAUCCAGCGCACUGAGAACGGAGGCGGGAUCAGGGUCGUACAAAGAAAUGAAGGGUAGGACAUCUCGAUUUCAUGGUUUGGGUGUGGCUAAUAGCUCUAGGCGCGGAAACCCUUUUGUUGAGACUUCUUUGAAUUAUGCCUUGACUUACAUCACCUAUGUGGCUGAUUCGAAGGACUUUGGCUCGCUUUCCAUCACCAUCCUCGCCGACGACGACUACUAUUCUGAGACUGCAUUUUCAAAAUCCGCGGACCGCAAGGCCGGGGAAUUCGUAAAUUUUGGCGUCCCGCUCUUUGAAGCGCACAAAACUGGUCUCGGCUCGUCCGCAGCCUUGGUCACGUCCCUGGUAUCAGCUCUGGUAAUCCACCGAACCAUGCAGCCGGAUGACAUCGCUGCGGCUCGUGAUAAGUUGCACAACCUAGCGCAGGCCGCUCAUUGUGCCGCCCAAGGCAAAGUUGGAUCUGGAUUUGACGUUGCUGUCGCUGUCUAUGGCUCCUGCCUUUACCGCAGAUUCUCGCCCUCGAUCCUUGAAUCGAUUGGUGAUGCAGGUAGCCCAGGGUUCGACGAGAGACUCUUCAAGGUUGUGGAGGAUGCCGACUCAGAACAUCCCUGGGACACGGAAUGUCUCGAUUUCGGUAUGACUCUGCCCCACGGCAUGCAGAUGGUCCUCUGUGAUGUGGAAUGCGGUUCUCAAACUCCAUCCAUGGUUAAGAAAGUGCUUGAAUGGCGAAAACAGAACAAACAGGAAGCCGACCUUCUUUGGGACGCUCUCCAGUCCAACAAUGAGCGGCUCGUCCUCGAAUUCAAGCAGCUAUCACAGAACCCAGAGAAAGGUUUCGACGAAGUCCGCAGUCUUAUUCAACGCUCCCGCAACCACAUCCGCAGUAUGACUGCUAAGUCCGAUGUUCCCAUUGAGCCAAAGGUACAGACCGAGCUUCUCGAUGCUAUUUCCGAGGUUGAAGGAGUCGUGGGCGGAGUCGUUCCCGGUGCCGGAGGUUACGAUGCCUUGGCAGUUUUGAUCAGAGAUGAACCCGAGGUUAUUGAGCGACUGAAGGCGCUUUUCGAAAACUGGGAAAGCAAGGUCGAGGACGAUUUCGGGGGCAAGAUCGGCAAAGUCCGCCUUCUCGGCGUACGCCACGGCUCCCUGGGCCUCGAAAACGAAGGGCUCGAGCAAUACAGGGCUUGGUUGUAG